ACUGUCAUUGGCUCCUAUUGGUUUGUUGACGGACUUCAAUUGACGUUUUACUUUCUUCGCAAUCUCUAUUUUACGUUAUAUUGCUUCCGUGUAUAAUUUGUUGUACUUAAACAUGUCUAAUGAUUAUGGUUUUAACAGUGAUGAUUCUCCUAACAAAACGAAUUCUCAUUUACAACUUCCUAGCCCUAUAAUUACAAGACGGAACCGUACGGCGUCGACAUCAGAAAGAGCCCUUGGUAAUCCAUUGGAAGGUGGUAAAAUCAAAUCAUUUUGUCGCGAAAAAGGUCACGGUUUUGUUACCCCAGAAAAAGGCGGUGACGACAUUUUCGUGCAUAUCUCUGACAUUGAAGGUGAGUAUGUUCCACUGCCUGGUGAUGAGGUAAUAUACCGUCUGUGUCCCAUCCCACCCAAAUUUGAGAAGAAUCAAGCAGUGCAUGUACGUAUAGUGCACCUCACACCAGAGAAGCACCUCAAAUGGGAUGAACCACCUCUGUAACAUUCCGUGGCGAGUGAGCCGAGCAUGCAAAUCCCGAACCAUUCACAAGAUUUUUUGCGUAUAAUCCAAUGUUCUGUAUGUUACCUUAAAUAUAUUUUUCCAAUUUGAAUAUCGAUUAACAAAGUUUCAAUGUAAUUGUGAAUAAAAUGUGUUCACAAACAUAUCUCGCGAUGGAUAAAAGGGAUAGCAGUAUAUUUAUACCCAUCUAAUGAAAUGGAACUUUGUCAAUUGUAUAUCAUAUGUGAAAUACAUUAUAACUAGAUCUGAAAGGUUAGACGGUUAUUAACUUGAAACGAUCAAAAUUUUAAUAAUGUAUUGAUGUUGUAUUGACUAUACCCUGUCCAUUUUAUUAUUACCUUAACUAUCUUGCAGUGUCUAUUAUAAGUAGGGUUACUAUCUAUAACAAUUUUCCCAGAGAUGUCCUUUUUUGGAGGGCAUUCGGGGAGCAUCCCCGAGGUCUUUUGUUUUAUCCCUUGAUUUAAUUUAAUUUUUGUAUUAGUAACAUAAGAAUAUCGGCAUAAAAUGUCCAAGUUUUAGUUAAGAAAAAUUCUUAAAUUUUGAUACUGGUAACCCUAAUUAUAAGUAACAACCUAAGACAAAAUUAGUCAAUGAAUAUAGGAUAUAGAGGGCUGCCUAGUGCAAAUAAUAAAAUAGAUAAGGGUAUAAAAUUCAGUAUUGGAACAUGAAAGUGAGAAGCCAACAUGUGGUGCUAAAUUUUCGAAGGUUUUACCAUCGUAUUAACGUUACGUUAUCGGUUUCUUUUCUGUGCAGUGAGUGUAUAAUGGCUUCUUGCAAACCGUUUUAGUAUUAUCAUUUAUGUAUUGAUUGGCGUAAUAUUUUUAGGUACAUAGGUACUUACCUAUCCUGCUUUUUUUAGUUUCUAGGUGAAAUGUGUACUUUUUAAUAAACUACCUUAUAGUAUUUAAUUUUGCACAAAUAAUAAAGUGCCCCGAAUUUGUGAUACCGAACACAGUUUACCUUAUUUUUUUUAAUGUUUUCUGAAUUUGGAUCAAUUUAUAGAUAAUUAUUAUUAUUAUUUUUCCUACAUUCCGAAAUAGCAUUUUAUCCUAUAGUAGUCUAAUAAGUUCAGUAAUAUAAAUGUGUACUCUAUUCCUAUAAUUAUUGUUGCCCUAUAUAAUUCUCGGUACGCAUCAUGAACGGUAAUUUUGCUAUCUUAUACAAAAUUUUGUGCCGGGAACUAUUUUCACCAGUAGUGUAUGUAUAUUAUUUUAUUAGUGUAAUCAGUAAGAUGUUGCCAUGCUUGUUUUACUUUUUAAUAGCAGUAUUAGUUAUUAAAACAAAUAAAACGAAAUAUGUGUAAGCAAA